AGGGGGUAAGAAGAGCCAUGCCAUGCGUGACUCGGUGCCCCGGGGAGGAGGAGGCGGCGGCGGCGGCGGCAGCAGUGGGAAGAGAGGCUGGCUGAGAGUGGCCCGGGCCCGGGCAGACUCCAGGGACUAGCAGCCUUGCAGGCACGUCUGGGGAGGAGCCCCCGGGGCGCCGCCGCCGCCGCCACAGCAGCAGAGGCAGCCGGGGCAGCAGGGGCAGCCGGGGCAGCAGAGGCAGCAGGCGCCCCCCUCGUGGCCGGCCAGCCGGCCGGAGCCACCGAUCCGCCGAGGGGAGGAAGAGGAGGAGCAGGAGCAGGAGCAGGAGCAGGAGGAGGAGGAGGGAUGGGCCGGGAGCCCCGGGCCCCCUUCACCCCUGCUGCCGCCCCCCGGGCCGGCCCCCCGGAGUGCUGAGCCCCCCGAGCGAGGCCAGCCCCACCACGCAUGGAGUCCGGCGGCCAGCGGGAUGGGGAGCCCGGGCCGGGGACGGCGCGCGCGCUGGACGUCGACCCCGAUUUUGAGCCCCAGAGCCGGCCCCGCUCGUGCACAUGGCCCCUUCCCCGGCCCGAGCCCGCGACUCUGGGGCGCGAGGGGCGGCCUGAAGCGGGGCCGCCGCUGCCGCCCCAGGCCAUUGAGAGCGCCCCCGAGAAGCGGCUGACACUGGCCCAGAUCUACGAGUGGAUGGUCCGCUCCGUGCCUUACUUCAAGGACAAGGGCGACAGCAACAGCUCCGCCGGAUGGAAGAAUUCGAUCCGGCACAAUCUCUCCCUGCACAGCAAGUUCAUCAAGGUCCACAACGAGGCCACGGGCAAGAGCUCUUGGUGGAUGCUGAACCCCGAGGGCGGCAGGAGUGGGAAGGCCCCACGCAGGAGGGCGGCCUCCAUGGACAACAACAGCAAGCUGACCCGAGGCCGGGUCAAGGCCUCCAAGAAGAAGACGGCCACGUUGCCCGAGGGGGCCGAGGGCCCGGGCCCCGGCAGCCCUGGGGCCUACUACCCCAAAUGGCCCGGCAGCCCCAGCCCUAGAAGCCCGGAUGAUUCCGAGGUGUGGACGGCCUUCCGCCCACGCAGCAGCUCCAACGCCAGCAUGGCCAGUGCCCGACUGUCCCCCAUGGGGACAGGACUGGGACCCGAGCCCGAAGGAGGGGUGGCCGAGGAGGAGGUGCUGGCCUCACUCGCUUACCCGGGCAACGUGCCCCCCACAGUCAACGAGGAGCUGGAGCUUCUGGAUGGGCUCAACCUCACCACCCCGAGGCCCCUCUUGCCCCAGGGUGCCGCCUCGGGCUUCUCCCUGCAGUCCGCUGGGGGCUCCGGGCCCCCAGCCGCCUUUACCGGGCCCCUGUUUGGCCCAUCCGAGGGGGCUCUGCCACCUGGGGAAGGGCGCUUCUCCGGCUCCCAGACUCUGGAGGCCCUGCUCACCUCUGACUCCCCCUCCUCCACCGAUAUCCUUAUGACCCAAGUGGAUCCCAUCCUGCCCCAACCCUCAGCCCUUCUUCUGCCCGGGGGGCUGCCUGCUUCCAGCCCACUGCCCCCAGGAGUCAGCCUGGGCCCCAAGCCCUUGGAGAGCCAAGGCCCCGGCCCUCUGCCUCCUGCCCUUGCCUUGAUGGCACCGCCUGUGGGCAUGGAAAGCACUCCCGUCCCGAAGGCCCCCGAGCCCACGGGGCCCCCCCUCUCUGACGAAGCUACAGACCAAGACCAAAUGCCCCAGGACCUGGACCUCGACGUGUACAUAGAGAACCUGGAGUGUGACAUGGAUCACAUCAUCAGCGACCUAGUGGAUGGGGGGGAAGGGUUGGAUUUCAACUUUGAGCCUGGUUCGGGAGCCCCCAGUUAUCCUAACAGCUCCCAGCCCUCUACCCAUUCGUGGGUCCCCAGCUAAGUCUGACCAGGUCCCCGACCGGAGCUGGGAGCUCCUUCCCCUGCCCCUACCCCCAAGAAGGAGCUGAGAAUGUCCCCUCUUCCUUCCUACCCUUGGUCCCUCCCCCGGGACCAGAGCCCCUCAGGUCCAGGCGUGGGGGACUUCUACAUGUCCAACUGCUUUCAAGGGGUAUCUGAGGGGUGGGAGGGAGGGGGUUAUUCUCACUGUGCCAACAGGGGCUAAGGCCCCCCUCCCCCCUCCCAGGAGCCACCCUCUGCCUCUGUUCCCUUCCCCCUGCCCCCCCCAUAAGAGCGUCCCCGGGCGCCGACACACACACACACACUCACCACGCAUAUACACACACACUCCCCCAAAGGCUUUGGGGCUGCUGCCGGGGCAGGCAGUGCUCCUGGGAAUGUGAAGCCGCUAGUGGCCUUACCCCUGCCUUUGGGAGCAGGACCUUUUGUAGAGAGCUUUAUCCAGGCAGGCUGGGCCGGGCCGGGCUGGACCGGCGGGCUAGGCCGGACCGAGCUAAGCUAAAUUCAGCCGGGCUGAGCCCCACUACGCUGGGCUGAGCUCGCUCGCCCCUCCCUCGUUCGCUCGCUCCGCUCACUCGCUCAGCCGAGCCGGACCGGCCACGGUCAGCCAGGACCUGUUUUUUUUUUUUUUUUUUAUGCAGUGACCCCCCGAACAGGGGGUGGGUGGGGGCAGGGACAGAGGAGGGCCCAAGCCUGAGCCGUGGAGUAGCCAGCCAGGCCAAGGCAACUCUUUGGAAAGCUGCAGAUAACCUAAAAGCUUUUUAUAAACUUUUUACGAUAUAUAAACACAAGUAUAGAGAUUUUAACAGAGAGGCAAGGUGCUAGGGAUUGGGGGGGAUCGCUUUUCUUUGUGAAGGCUUUAUAAUCGUGACACAAGGCAAACACUACAGACGGCAGACAGACAGACAGACAGACACAUCCGGAUGCUAGGGAAGGAGAGGCAGUCCCUGGCAAGCCCCAGGGAAAAAAGGGGGAGAGGAACUGCAGGAAGAUGGACCGGCCUGGUCUCCCCGGGGAGAAGCCAAUCCCAGGAAGGCCCAGGGGGCUGUGGGGGGGGGGGGGAGGCCUGUGGUGGCUUAGGGAAGGAUCCCCCACGUGUUUGGAGAAGGAAGGAGCCGAAGUGCCCCGCUUCCAGGGGCAGCCUCCAGCCCUGGGAGCUCCGGCCUGGGCACUGGAUUCAGCACUGCCACCGCCGUUGCUGCUGCUGCUGCUGCCGCCGCCGCCAUUGUUGCUGCUGCUCCUGCUCCUGCUCCCGCCACCGCCGCCGCCGCCACCACCAACGCCACCACCGACACCAAACACCACCGACAGUUGGGGGAUGACUCGGGUGGGUGUCCAGAGACCUCACUCCUCAGAGCCCUGGCCAGCUCCUCCCCCAGCUCCCUCAGCACAGUCCCCCGCCCUUCCCUGCUGUGGGUUCCCAUCGUGUCCUGGGUCCUGCCCAGAUUGUGUCAAUGUAUGUAUGUACUAGAUCCAAGUGAGAAAGUGUGUCAAAUGAUUAAAUUAAAUAAAUGGAGACAUAAAUAAAUAAAUAAAUGGAAACAUAAAGAAAUAAAUAAAUAGCUAAAUAUCUAGAA